AUUGUGAAACUAAUUACAAAAAAAAAUCGAAUUGUAAGUAGUCGUACGGAGAUAGUACAAUUAAGAAGCGUGCCUACCUCGUCAUCAGUUACUGCGUUGGCCGCGAAACUCAAAGUUUUGAACACAAGAAAUACUCAAUUGAUGAUACAGAAAGGGAUUACAUGUAUUAUUGAACAAGAUGUUCAGGUUCCUGCGUCGUGAAAACCUGGUGAAGCAGUCCCAGCAGAGUAUCUCCUGCCCCGCUAUCAACUCUCCACAGAAGGAUGGGGCCACACCAUCAGAGUCCAGCUCGGAGUCAGAUGGUGAGAUUGCUGAGGUGAGUCGCAAACAGAGAAUGUUCGCCCGCAAGUCAAUCAGGCGAGACCGCAAAAAACAGAAGGAACAGCAGAAGAAGAUAGAGAACAACAUGAUAUCCAUGGAGGACUAUCUGAGCAAGCAAGCAGAGUUCAAAAUGUGGCUGAAAGAAGAGAAGCAAAAGACAGCUGCUGACCUGAAGUCCCCAAAGUUGAAGACGUACUUCAAAGAUUUCAUGAAACUAUGGAACAAGAAAAAGCUGCCACAGAAAUACUACCGUGGCUCCACUGGCACAGACACACCGCCGCCAUCUCGUAACCAGCAGAGGUUCAGCUUUGUGGAGGGGUCUCCCUUCUCCGACAUCCCUGGCUUCCAUCACCCCAUUGACCUGAGCCUAGAGGGCGCUGUGCUGCUUGACUCUCCGUUCUCCACGUUUGGCAAAUCUCCAGGGGACCCCCUCACACCUCAAUCAACACCACGGAUCAUCAAACUGCCAGACAUCAAGGACUCGGGUGCCGUGGACAAAGAGAACAGUUCUACAGAUGGCAACAUACAAAAGAACAAUCCUGAACCUGUGUCUGAGAAAAAGAAGAAGAAGAGUAAGGGUACAACUCCCAAAAAAUCAAAACUGAAGAACGACAAUCCCUACAAGGUUACGGUGUUGUCAUGGACAUCUAAAGGAGAACUCAAUGUAUCCCCGGCCAGCCCAGCAUCAGAGGAAAAACAAGGCAAGAAGAAAUCCUCAAAACCUAAGCCCCCUAAGCGGACCAGCCAGUCUACCAAGGUGAGGCUGGACACCUCCGUUCCCUACGAGGAGGUGAAGGAUGCCAACCCUUUAGAGAUCUCCGACUACGAUCCUCUGUAUGCAGACCCAGACCCAUUCUUCAGUGGGAGUCUAUCAGUAUCAAGGUCAAAGAGUCUGGACUCCGGCCUUCAUGUCGACAGUCCUCGUCCAGUGACUGAUGGCUGUAAGAGUGUGGAAGAGAUAUAUGCUGUGCCGGUCAAGAAGAAGCGGAUGUCUGCUGAGAAGGGAAAGGUAGUUGAGGAGGUAACAUCGCCACCUCCUCCUCUGCCUCCAAAACGGAAGUCACCUCUGGAGACCUGGCCGUACCAGGUGAUUAAUAAUGCUGAAGAAGCUCCCGUGUUCUCGAUCAAGAAAAAUGGCCAUGAGUUCACAUCUCCAGCAAAAAUAAGCAAUGGAUCUAAAUCUGUGUUCAGUCCUCAAAAGAUGGAAAGUCCCAUGAGGAUGGCAGUGUCCAUGCCUGAUCUGUGUGAUCCUAAACUAGAUGAAAAAGAAGAUGUAGACUCUUCCUCCUCCUCAUCUGAUGAAGAAUCUGAGCCAGAGUCUUUCGAGAUAAAGGUGAAGAUUCUGGAUCCUGAAGUCCAAGCAUUUCUUGAUGAAGAUCUGUCUACCCUACCCCCACCUCCUGACCUGGUGUCAGACAUCUAUCCCCCAGUCAGACUCUCCCUCCUGCCACCCCCACCCCCAGAACUCUUGAUGGACACACCGCCAAUGGAGAAUGAAUACCGACCAUCUAUUGAAGCUUAUGGUUCUCAGUCAUCAUUGAUUGCUGAAUGUGGCACUCCAAGGUCAUCUAAGGUCUUGGAGGCCAUGCCUUCAUACUGUUGUACUACACCUAAAUCCCUACUGUCUCUGGACUGUUCAUCUACCGAGACUCCUCCUCCAACCCUUGUUCCCAUCACACCAUUAGCACUCCCCAUCCUGGAAGCAGUUAACGAAUCAGAGGAGACACCACAAGACAUGGAACCAAAUCAUCAGUCAAAAGCUCCUGAAAACUCAGUAUUAGCAGUUCCAGUUCAGGUUACCCAAGUCAAAGAAAUGUCCACAAGUUCUCGAAGAGUCUCCGUAGGGCCUGUGCUGGUCCCACCUCCAAUGAAGUCCAAAUUGCACAAACCUGACCUGUGCCAGUUAUCCAGUGAGAGUGAAGCUAGCAUGGAUCAGAAACCCCCAUCUACUGGUGACACACCCAAUCAUAACUACUUGACAGAUGCCCUCACAGACCUGGACACAAGUACAGAGAAGGAUGAUGUGUUCACCUACCGCCAAGCACUGUCUGGUGCGAUGAAGUCACUGAAGACUGCCUAUGCCUCUUCUAUCGAAGACAUCACAGCAGAUGUCCCUAGACGACAUCGGAACCUCGGUAAAGGCCUGAACACAAACUUGUAUACCGAAGAUGUUAUUGACCAGAGGACCACACCAAAGCACGACACUAGGAACAGAUAUCAUUCUGAAAACAGUGCUGAACAUCUAAAGAGGACCAUCCAAGAAAUGAAGCAGUCUGAAGGUAGUUCCAGUUCUACAUCCAGCAGUGUAUCAGAGAACUCAGAAGGGCAUGAAGUAAAAAAGGUAAUGAAAAAGCCACCAGUGCUGAAACCAAAGCCAAACAAAAGCAAAGUUGCUGAGGCAGUUGAAAAGGCGCGACAGAGACAGUCGUCCAGUGACCGUAGCUCAGUGUCCAGUUCGGCCAGUGACCGGGGCUCGGUGUCCAGUUUAGCCAGUGACAGAUCAUCCAGGUCCAGUAGUGAGGUGUCCAGUGAGGAGAACAUGCAGAGAAAGCCUUCAAACUCAUCUGGAUCUGUAUCACGAGUGCUUGGAUCAUUGAACCAGAACUGUGUCAAUCGUUCAACACCAUCGCCAAAGAAACCUGCCAGAACAUUCAGUGCUAAGAAAACCAGUGGUGAUAAACCACAGAGCCCCAGAACCCCCUUGACACCAACUGGGCAGGUGAGAAGCAUCUUGAAGACAACUCCAGUUUCUGGGACAUGUGACAGAGAAGGUCAAGGUCAAAACUUUGACAGGAAGGCAUCCUGUUCAAGGUCACUCACAGAGAAGGUUGUGGAGCAGACAAGGCCCUCUUUGGGUUGGGAUGUGUUUGAGACAGACAUUGACAGUGUGCUUGAUGAUGACUGUGAAAACAAAGACCCUAAUUGUGCCUCACGGGGAGUCCGGGAAACAGAUCUAGAUAGGAUUCUCGAGGAGAUGCAGUCCAAUUAUCCACUGUCUCCCCUCCUCAGUGUUGAUACAGCCUCAGAGAUGAACAUAUAGACUACAGGGUAUAACUAUCAGCAGUAGGACAAUCCUGCUGGAUCUUUCCAGUAAACCCGUAAUACUGCUGCUUCAGAUUAUACACAUAGACAACUAUAUUUUCAACCAACUGAUCCAAAUUUGCAGAUGUUGUGCAAAUGCAUCAAAAUAGGGUAUAGAGUAUGUGUGUUGUGGGAUUGAUCCAUUUUUAUUUGAAAGUGGGUGGGCUGAGGGAAAACCCCCCUAACAUGAUUGCUGUGCUACGAGUAUUUCGAAUCUUUAUUUCUGCAGUCAUUGCUUUGAGGGUGCGUGUCACAGUGUAAUGCCAAUACUAGACAAUGCUAGCGGUAGCAAUAUUGUAUAUUCUGUAUGAUACUUGUAAAUUACCUUUCUGCAAGAACUAGAAGUCACUCUCUGCUUACCAUUUACAAUAUGUCUUUCAUGAAACUGUAUUUGAAAAGUAGUAAGAAAUAAUAAAAUGGUUGCAUCAAACGGAAUGAAAACAAUAUUGUUUUAGUUCAGGAUUUAUUGAAUAACACUUGAAAAUUAUCUUGAAGUACACAUAAUUUACAGGUGCAUCCUUGAUCUACAUCUUGUUGAAAGUUCCUGCUUUUUAUGCAUGUGCAUGUUUUCAUAAUGUCCAGCUAAUAAUGUAUUGUCAGCCACUCUUUGUCAUACCAUGAUAAAUGUAAAGUAAUAUUUCUGUGAUCUUUCUUUUCUAUCAGAUUAAUUCAUAUUUUUUUCUUAUUUCAAAGAUUCUGGUUGUAUCUUUCAGUGUAAAAGUGCUAAGUUUUGUUAUUGGUAAAGCUUCAAAUAAAAAAAGUGACAGUUUAAAUUUGAAUUCCUUUCCAAAACAGGUAAAAACAUGGCUGUUAAAAUAAGUGCGUAUGCACAUUUGAGAAUUGUUAAGUAGGUUUUGAGCCUCAGAUAUCAACAGUUGUCAUCACAAGACCAAGACCAAGAUUUGCAUCCUUGAAUAAUCACUGUACUAUUACUCCAUUCUAGAAUGAUUAAUACCAUGGACCAAUUCACCACCAUAGCUUCAUUUAGAGUCUCAUACGGGGAACAUAUCCCAAUGCUUGUCGUAAGGGGUGCCUUAAUGGAUCAGGAGAUCGGGCUUGGUGACUUGGUUGAUGGCAUAUGUCAUCAUUCCCCAAUACCAAUCACUGGAUUGUCUGGUCCAGACGCUAACAUUUACAGGCUGCUGUCGUAUAGCUGGAACAAUGCUGAGUGUGGCAUUUAACAAACAAUCAAUCAAAGGACACAAUGCUAAAUAUAGUGGUCCAAACAAUUUCAACACAUCUUUCAUCAUUGGAACAAUCAGCAUUUCCAGCGGCACCCAACUUGACCUGGACAACAGCGAAUGUCUUGUAAGUUGUUGUCAGAGUAGGCAUUUGAUUGGUUGUUGAUUUCAAGCUAAUGAGCAAGAGAUUGUGAUGACAUUGAAGGGCUGCUGAUAUCACUUCCAAAAUGAAGGUAUUUGUCAAUACUAAACCCUUGAUCAUAGAGGAUGGAUUUGAACAACGUUAUAAUAUCAUUAGUCUGUCUCACAGACCCUGAUACAAAUAUAUAUCAAAUACAGCCCAUGCAAGUCUAUAAUGUUUGGCAAGUCUAGAUUACUGCAGUAUCUGAAAAUGAAGAGAAUCACUGGGCUCCCUUUUAUUAUAUUUUUAUUAAGAUAACUGAACAAUUUUUUUUCUUUACGAUAUGUUCAUUUCAGAGACUAGAUGUUAGUCUAUUAUAUCAUGAGUAUUAUAUCCAUUCCCCUGGAUGCCAACGGUAUAGCACCAUAAUCACUGUUUAUAGGGUGCACCUUAGUUGAAUACAUGUUAAUAUUUUUUUUCGUAAUCACAAGGACCCCAUAAUCAAAAUAGAAAUUGCAUGCCUCAUAAUGUGUAUUUGUGCCAUACAAGUAUCUUCCAUUCCUUACAGGGCAGCUAAAGGCUCUGAUACAAUGAUCAUGUCCCGAUAAAUGUACUUACACUUUAUACAACAAUGCAUUACCCGAACAUUUACCAACACACUGGGUUUGCAUGACCUGUUCACUUAAACGGAUAUGCUUUUCAUGGAACUAAGUAUUUGGCUGUGCACCAAGUCUUGUUCUUGCAACUGCACGUCACUCAUCUGAAUAUAUUUUUCUUGGCACUACUGAGCAAUGUCAUCCUCAUCAAUUCUUUGGAAAUCUGUCUCAAGUAGCUGUAUUCCAUGUACAUAAAUGUGCUAUUAAAUGCCUGAUAUACCUUUA